AUGAACGACCUUGUAGAGUUCUUGCGCACACACGAGGAGGCAUUCCGUAGGUAUAUACCCUUGUCAACUCUCUCCACGCCAGCCAGAACACCACUGACAGCCACGGCNAGUCGCAACCGCCUCCAAUCUCUCUACUCGGACUUCCGACUGCAAAAGACAUCAAACCCUGAUGGAUACCAAGCAAACUCUCGAGCAUGGCUGCGCGGUCUGACUGCAGCUGCACGCGCCGGUCGCCUACCACCCGCUUCAACAACAUCCGGCCAAGCCAGUCACGUCGUCUUUGGGAGUGGUGAGGACCUGUCGCGCGCCUUGAACUCUGCACAAUGGGGUCGACCGCUGGCUCUAGGUGCUGUCAUUCAAGAUGCUGUCGACAAGCGCGAGUUUAUCCCCCUGGACGACUUUUUCAGUGCGACAAAGAGUGUUUACGCAAAGAGCUGGAUCCCCUCACCGUGGCAGGUCGUCAGCUGGGGUCUUAAACAGGUCGGAGUUGCCUCGCUGUUUGGUGCAUCCGACAAACUAUCAGUCGGCAAUCUGGUCGUUCUGGCCAAUGUCGAGUCCACAACCUCCCUCAUCUUCUCUCGNCCCCUCUUCGAAUCAGAAUUCGCUCACGUCCUCGACCCGGCACAUCUUCCCGAUGCUGCUUUGAGCACCACAGACUUCGAUAUCCUCCUCCGCUACCUAUCCCGCGACAAACCAUACCUUUCCUUCAACUCGACAACCAUCAAGCUCAAAUCUGCUUCCGAAUCCACACCCCAACCCAUCACUCAACAAGACACCGACAUUGCAAACCUACGCACCCUGAUCAAAGCCCUGGAAACACAGGUUUCGGCUCUCACAGACCGGAUUACCACCCUCGACAUCUCUGCCCGCGAAGCCGUCGCCGCGAAACGCACCAUCCAAGCCAAAUCAGCCCUGCGCAGCAANAAGCUAGCAGAAACAACUCUACACACCCGCAGUGCUACGUUAUCACAAUUAGAAGAGACGUUUACCGCCAUUCAGACAGCUGCAGAUCAAGUCGCUAUAGUGUCUGCCAUGUCUGCCUCUACGAAUGUAUUGAAGAGUCUGCAUGCAGAGGUCGGCGGCACAGAAGGUGUCGAGGAAGUUGUAGAUCGCUUGAGAGACGAAAUGGAGAAUGUAGAUGAGGUGGGCCGCGUGAUCAACGAAGCCAACACCUCCAAGGUCGACGAGGUAGACGUAGACGAAGAGUUUGCAGCUAUGGAAAAGGCAGACAGAGAAAAGAGGGAACGAGAAGAAGCGGCCAAGACAGCAGCAAGACUGGCAGAACUGGAGGCUUUGGAAACAGAGAGGAAGGAGAAGGAAACAGCACACAAGGAGACAGAAAAGCAGAAAGACACGCUACAGAUGCAGGCGGAAACUGCAUAG